AUGUUCGACGCUGCUGGCGAACGGGGGGAUCGACGUCCCGGUGACGCAUCCAGCCUAAACUACCUGGCGCUGUCUCUGCACCUGCCGUUGGCGCUGCGGGGAGGGAGGCCAUUGGCGGCACCUUCGUGGCAGUACGCCUUGUGGGCUUUCUGCGACGUGGAGGCGAACUACCUGGUCGUGGCGGCGUUCCAGUACACCUCCAUCGUGUCGGUCACUCUGCUGGACUGCUUUGCAAUACCGAGCGCCAUUGCCUGUUCAUUCUUUAUCCUCCGCGUGCGCUACGGCCCGCGCCACGUCGCAGCGUGCUGCGUCUGCGUAGCAGGACUUGCCACCGCCGUGUUCUCCGACGUAGUUGUUGGGAGGGUUGGCCCUAGUCCGAGGGGGCCGGCGUGGAUUGGCGAUGUUUUGGUUUUGUGUGGUGCUAGUCUGUACGGGCUGUCCAACGUGAUGCAGGAGCGGCUGCUGAAGGGCGGCUGCAGCCGUCCAGAGGCACUGGGGAUGCUGGGCGCUUGGGGGUCCGCGAUCUCGUUCGUGCAGGCGGUGGCCCUGGAGCGCGGGGCCCUGGCGCGGAGCAACUGGAACGUACCAGCCUGGAAACUAUCCCAAUACAUACGACUGGCAUCGCCUUAUCACGAUGCCGAUCUUAGGAAUCCCGUCAGUUUCUGA